AUGACAUCCACAGCAACAACGACGACGAGCAACGACGACGACGACCUGUCUGCCUACAAGGAAAAGUUCCUGGACAAGUUUCCUUUGACCGAGACGGAAGUGGAUCGCCUGCUUCUUCUGUUUCCAUUGACGACGAAUGACGAAACCAAUGACUCGGUGAAAAUUGUGCAUCACAACAACAACACCCAUCAAGAUGAUGAUGAUGAAUGGCAUGCCACGACAUUACGGCAGAUUCAAGAAUCCAUUCUCCCCAAAGCAAGACAGUGGCUGUUUGUGGAAGCUCCCAAUUUAGCGUGUCCUCUGCUUCCUUAUGAUAUUCCCGAUGACAAGGAGAAGUCUGCUCUCUGUAGUGCCUUUUACUUUUUGGAAGCCAUGGUCUCCAUGAUGGGGAGACGCGGAUCUCGCUUUUUGAUCAACUUUGUCUACACGGUUGCUUCCAAUGGCCAAAAUUCUACAACUAACGGAGGCGGACCCACUCCAGAGGCGCUGGUGGACAUUUUGUAUCGGCAUUUGAUGGCAGCACUGCAAAUCACCACCACCAUUCACAAGCAACAACAAAACAUAGUGACGGAUCCUCCCAAGGCGUGGAUUCGAUCGCUGUCCAAAACAGCUGGAUCCUCCGUGUCCAGAUCGGCGUGGACCGAAUGGAUCAACAAUGUCCUCCCACAAUCUAUUCGAGGUCUCAGCACUUUUUACUACCACGUACUAUUUCCUAACAGUGGGACAUCAUCAUCAUCUACUAGUAGGGGGCCCAACUCGCUACCACCACUCUCCUUGCCACAAACAGAUCAAGAUUCCUUUUUCUGGAGAGGCUCUUCUUCUUCGUCUUCUUCUUCUUACAACAACAAUAUACCGUUGACUUUGACAUGCAUGGCACCGUCCUUGAGUAGUGGAAAUAAAUGGUAUCGACUCUAUUCCAGCAACUGGGACGGUCUCUCCUUUCUCGCCUUGCAGAAUGCUCUGUUGAGUUACACGGGCGCCACUGUCAUGCUGGUUCGGCCAAAAAAAGAGGGACACAACAACAACACUACUACGCCGUCAUCUGUGUUUGGCUUCUACACGGACUCUCCUUGGAAAGAAUCCAAUUCGUGGUUUGGGGGUGAGGGAUUUGAUUCCUUCUUGUUCUAUAUAAACGACAAUGAUCUAGGAGUGUAUUGGCCCACGUGGGAAACAUCCAAUGGGCACUACAUGUACCUCAAUGCAUCGCCUCAAAACAGUGGCAUUCAGCAGCAGGCAACCGCACUGCGGGGAUUGGCCAUGGGUGGAAUCUCGGCGGAUACACCGCGAGUUCAUUUGACGCCUUCCUUGGAGAAUUGUAAAGCGACUGUUACCGAUACCACCUAUGCAUCGGGUGCACUCUUGCCAGAUGAUCCCGAUGGCAUGCCGUCAUCUCCCUUUUUUGAUGUGGACGCGCUGGAAGUUUGGGCGAUUGCGUCCAAGGAAGAAUACCUCCAACACAGAGCUGCCGGAACGAAACAACUGGCGCGCAAGGAAGAAACACGACAACGGGCGGCUCAGGUGGAUCGGUCGCAGUUCUUAAAUGAUUUCCAAACCGGUGCAUUCAUCAACAAUCUGUUUGAUCAUCGAGAGGAAGCGCGAGGACGGCAUGAUUUUGUUGCGGCAGAUUCUGGCAGUGGCUACUUUGUGGAAGAGAAACCACCCAGUAUAUCGGCCUUGUCACCCGAGAAGGAAGCAAAAAGUCCACUAGGACAAGGAGAUGGCGAGGAAACACAAUAA